AUGGUGCGCCGCAGUGCAGGAUUGGUUAGCAAGAAACCGCACCGCAAGUCUCGGGGCGGUUGCUCGACAUGCAAGCGUAAGAAAGUCAAGUGCGAUGAAGGUCAGCCUCUCUGCGGCUACUGUUCGUUACGGAAACCGAGCUGUCACUACCCCCAAGAGCCCGCGUCGGCAUCGCCUGCAUCUAAUGCCACGCACAGCAAUGGCUGCUUCCCCACCGGUGUAGCUUUGCAUGAAGAGGCACACUUCGAUGACAUUUCAAUGUCGAUAAACCCAUGGCUGAUACCAGCUGUGCAAACCGCCUCUGGAUCCCUAUCUGGUCUGGAGUUCGAGCUACUGCACCAAUACAGGACCUUCACGUGGCAAACACUUACCCCACGGGAUGAUGAGGCUGUCGUGUCGAUACACAGCGAAUCUUUUCCCCGCUUGUCACUCUCGCACACACAUCUGUUCUAUGCACUCCUUAGCAUUGCAGCAUCCCACAGCAAUACGCUGGCGCCAUCGAAGCAAGCUGCACACAGAGCACUAGUCUACCGCCAGAAGACGUUAGCUGAGUACAGCGGAGCUCUACAGAACAUCACGGCCGAAAACUACGAAUCCGUUCUUGUCACUGGAAUGCUCUUGAUAAGUUUGAUUCCGCUACCAGAAGACCCUGGCACUGCAGAUGAAGAGACAUAUCUCGUUUGGAUGUAUAGCACCCUCAAGAUGAGCGAGGGUCUCCGAGUUCUCGCAUCUCUACGCUGGGCAGCUGGAAUCGAGAAGCUCUCCGCUUAUCCUCUCAUCUGCAGAGAACUGCGAACGCUGCCUCCACCACCAAUCUAUCAUUCAGCCGAUGGCUGUUACCUGUACACUCGAGUGGCUGCGGUUGGCACCACGCCGGACCACGCCAACCCACCGUCGACAUAUUAUCUUCCGAUCUUUCUUAGUCUGUACUACCACCACCUGAGCCUGGAUUUCUUCGUUCGCGUCUUCGUGUUCUGCUCGUUCCUGAUGUCUGAAUUCCUGCUGCUAGUCAAGAAUCGAGAGCCGAGAGCUCUUGUCCUGAUUGCGUGGUGGCGGGCACUUGCAGGUCUGGCGCCGAGAGGCUGCUGGGUUGGGCGAUCGGUCGAGAAGGUCAUCGAGGCCAUUGGUAGCAUCAUCAUGGAAACAGCGGACUCGGUGACACAAAGAGCAUACAAAGAUGUCGAGCACUUGAUUCGUACAUUGAAAGACGACGGCGAUGAGGCAGCGGUCAAGAGCAUAUUCGGAGGAACAAAUUUAUGUUCAAGCCCCGUGGGCCAGACUGAUACAGAUACUUUCCAUUAG